AUGGGCAACAACCCUUCUAAAGGCUCAGUCGGCGAUGCGCCACCGGGCCACAUUCCCAAUGCCGCCGUUGAGCGAAAGGUCGUUCGACGCACCUCACAAAACACAAUCCCGACAACCAAGGCUACCGCAGCUGACCCAUCGGCAUCUCGAGAGACUGCUGCCGGCCACUCCGCGGCAUUCCAGGGCUCCGUUCAACAUCGGCUUCAAUCCCGAAACCCACCCGGAUCUCCCAAGCCUAUAACUAGACCGGAGAAGCCUGUGGAUAGGAGGCCCAACCCGGCGCCGAGCAGAGAUGUCGCCUCACCGACAGACCACUCCAACCCGGUGCAAGUGCCUAUCUCACGCCAUGCCGCGGGGCGAGAUCCUGUGGCGCCAUCGGCUCCGCCGCUCAACUCCUACUACAGUGCAUCGACCCAUCUGCAACGGCCUCCACGCAUGCCAUUGCCCAUUGCCGAUGCUACCACUACGCCUGGAUCACCGAUUAUAGGACCCGAAGAUUCGCAUAUCCAGUCGAUGCCCGCGGACCGGCUGUUAGAUGAGCAGAUGGAAGCGUCCCAUCACAGCAAUGUUACCCUGGAUGGAGAUGAAAUGGUGGAUGAGUUACAGCCAUUUGGUGUCGGCAAGGCAGUGCCAACGGUCAUCGAAUGGAACGGUCCCGGUGAGAAGGUCUACGUUACUGGUACCUUUGUCAACUGGGAGAAGAAGUUUAAGUUACACAGAAGCGAGACUAAUGCCGGAGUCAUGACCGCAACGUUGAACCUGCGGCCCGGCACGCAUCACCUGAAGUUCCUUAUCGAUGGUGAAAUGCGGGCUUCGGAUAAUCUCCCGACAGCCGUCGACUUCACUAACCACCUGGUGAACUAUAUCGAAAUUAGCGCGGAUGAUGCUAAUGACAACUCAUCUGUCUCGUCGGGAGUGCGGCCGUCGCAAACACCCCAGGAUAAUUCCAAGGACCCGCAAUCAGAGGAUACGCAAGAUGAUCCCCCAAAGAACGGGGAAGCUGAAGAGGUUCCACCGGGAGAUUUCGGCAGUGCCAUUCCACAAUUCCUUGCUGAUUUGGACAAGGAUGAAGACAGCCUUGCGUACUUGCAAGCUGCCAAUGUCAUUGGUGACACUCCGACUCCACCCAGCCUUCCAUUAUUCUUGGGUAAAUCAAUUCUCAACACCCUUACUCCCACAAAGGAUGACAGCAGUGUUCUUAAUUACCCCAACCACACUGUUUUGAACCAUCUUGCUACGAGUAGCAUCAAGAAUGGUGUUCUUGCCACCAGUGUCACAACCAGAUACAAGCGCAAGUAUGUCACAAGUAUUUUGUACAAACCCACCGGCGAUAUUACCGGGGAGUGA